AUGUGUGAUAAUCAAGGUCCUUCUCUUGUUCUAAUUAAAUCUAAAAGUAAUAUCGAUGGUUGUUGUAAAGAAGAAAUCAUUGGAGGUUACAAUCCUGUUGGAUGGAAAAGUGCAAAUCAAUAUAUUAUAAGAGAUGAUAGUUUUAUUUUUAAUUUGGGUGAUUUGUCAUCAGAAUCAAAUUAUAUUUUAAGUAGAAUACAACCAAAUCUUAAAUAUUAUGCUAUUUAUGAUGGUGAAAACUUUGGUCCAAGUUUUGGUAAAGGUGAUAUGGAAUUUUCUUGUAUCUCAAGACCAAGAGAAGGUUUUUGUAGGUGGAGAUGUUAUGAUAAACCCAUAAGAGAUACUGAAGCUAGAUUUUGGAUUGAAGAAAUUGAAGUUUUUAAAGUUAUUCAAUAA